AUGAGCGCAAUUUUGAGUAGUAGCGAUAGCAAUGAAAACAUUAUUAUUUUCGACAUAUCAAAAAAUGAAAGAAAGUUAAAUGACGAGUUUAAAAUACUUCAACGAAAGUUGAAAGCAAAGUGGAAAUUUAUAGAGAAUAAUGAAGUAAUAUCGCAAGACUUAUUGGUAAACGCCAAGAUCUUAGUGUUGCCAGGACCGCUAAAUAAAUUUACUGAACUUGAAAUGAAUGCCAUUCGAACUUUUUUAAAUUCUGGUGGCAAUGUUCUUGUUAUGCUUGGAGAAGGUGGUGAAAAUAAAUCUAAUACAAAUAUCAACUUUUUGCUAGAAGAAUUUGGUAUAAUGGUAAAUAAUGAUAGUGUAGUUCGCAUGAGUUAUAGUCAAACAAUGCAUCCUAAAGAAUCUUUGAUUUCUCAAGGCUUGUUAAAUAAGUCCAUAUUUCUGAAAAAUCAUGAUGAAUAUAUUGGCAUGAAAUUUUUAUAUCCUUAUGGUGCGACAUUAAACGUAGUGCAACCAUCUGUUGUUGUUUUAUCCAGUGGAUCAAUCGCUAUUCCAAUGAAUAGACCAAUCUGUGCUUAUCACUAUAUAAAAGACUGUAAUGGAAAGCUCGUUGUAUUAGGUUCAUCUAGAAUGUUGACAGAUAGUUACAUAGAAAAGGAGAGUAAUGAUACAUUGCGGGAAAUAAUUUUUGAUUUUUUUGAGUUAAAUAUCACAGAAACAGUGGAAAUUCAUACGGAUGAUAUAGAAUUUUGGGAGUACAACUUUGUUCCAGACAUAACACAACAGGCCGACAAUCCAAAAGUUUGCACGCAAGAUUUAGAUAAUAUUGACAUACCUCGCGAAUACACCAAGUUAUUUAAGCAUCAUUUUUAUUCUAUAAAUUUAAACAUGAUACCAGCUUGCAUAAAAGCUUAUGAGGCUUUAGGAGUAAAGCACGAACCACUUACUUUAAUUUCACCUCAUUUUGAAGCUCCUUUACCUCUCACUCAAGCUUCAGUAUUUCCUCCAAGCUUCCAAGAAUUAUCACCACCUGCUUUGGAACUGUUUGAUUUAGAUGAGGCUUUCAGCUCCGAUUUAUUAAAAUUAUCACAGCUUACUAACAAAUAUAUGGCAACUAAAGAACUAUCAAAGGAUAAGGAAUUAGAUCACUACAUCAGGGAAUUUGGAAGUAUAAUAAGGAUAAAUAAUUCUGACACACACACUGCUAAAGAAGUAUUAAAUUCUGUUUUUCAAAAAAUCUGCAGUUAUAAGGCCAUGCGUGAUUGAAAUUCUUGUAUAAAAAAAUAUUGUAAUUUAUUGUAAAUAGUUUAUAUAUUAAAGUUUAAUAAACUUUUAAAGUAGAGAA